UUUCCUAGGAGUCAAGCGGCGCCGAGGCCAGCAGCAAUUGGCAGGAGAAGGGAAUAGUGUCGCCCCCUUUCAGCCGGAAUUUCAAAUGCCUUGGAAAGAGGACUUAGAAUUUGCAAAGCAGGAUAAAGCUGCCAGAGUCAUUCAGCAGGCCUGGAAAAGUUUCCUUAAUGCUUCUAUAUUUCAACACUUUAAAAGUCUAAUUGAUUUAAGAAGACAAGGAGAACCACAUCAAAUAAUGAAAUAUAUUAAUCCGAAAGAGGCAGAGCUUCUGGACGCUGCUGCUGGCAUUCAUGUGCGAUUCAGAUUAGGUGGAGUUAAGUUUCCACCUGAUAUAUACUAUAAAAUUUUUACUCACAGACAUAUUGAAGAUCUGUGUGCUAACAGCCCUAGAAAUUAUGCAAAACUUCCAGCAAAGCAUACAUCUCAUAAUAAAGAUGAUCAUCUUCAGGAAGAGGAUUAUAGUGGCUGGUAUCAUCGUAUAGAAAACAAUGGCUGGAGGCCAGUUUCUGAUAGAUUUUGGCUAUCUACUGACAGUGUAGUGGUGGAAGACAAAAAGGAAAGUGAAUUCCAUUUCUCUAAACUAAAGAAAAGGCAAGACUUGGAAAAGAAAAGAAAACUUACAAAAAUAGAGUGGAUGAGGCAAAUGUACUUCUCAGGAAGUCUGGAGGCUAAGUCAACACAUCUUGAAACUCUAGGACUAAUUCACAGUACAACAAAAGAGCUGAUUAGAACUGUUGAAGACGGUGGGAUAGAUUCUGUGAUGGAAUGGGAAGUGGAUGAAGUGCUGAACUGGACAAAUACACUGAACUUUGAUGAGUACAUUGCCAGCUGGAAGGAAAUUGCUACAAGCAACUCUUCGGCUAAUUUCAAAGGAUUCAGAUUUGAUCAAGCACAGCAAAACAUAUAUGACUAUGGAGGAGAUAUAUCAGAGAUGGAAAUGGGAACACCAGAUGAUACUUACUAUGAAAAUGUUUAUCAAGAACCAAAUGUAACUAGAUUAACGCCUGAUUCUACUUAUGGACUAUAAAGUACUUUAUUUCUUCUGAGCUAUAGUCCUUUGCGCCCUGCACCCAUCAGUUAUAGCCAAGAGAUAAUAUAUUCUGACUGGAAUGACUUGUGUGUAUAUUCUGGGCACAGAAUCCAGCUCAGUUAAGUAAGGAAGGUUGAGCAGAAAUAGAACAUUGGACUGAAUACAAUGGCCAUGACAAAUAAAGAAAUUAUUCCUAGUAUUCUGAGAAACUGUAGUAUUCUAACAGUCACACUUAAGUAAAGAUACUAUAUUUAGGUGCAGAAACGUCAAACUGAUUAUUUUAAAUGUUUGAGACGUUUAGUGUAUUCAUGUAAGGCAGAACUCUCUGCCCCUUUAUCCCAUGUGCAAAUGUGCCUUGCUUCUUCCUCCCUUUCUCACUUAUAUCCUCUCAUCACUCCAUUUUUUUCUUCACUGAACCUUCUUUCCUCUUCUUGCCUCUCUGCCUGCUUACUCAUCCUAGUUGUCUUUGCAAUUCUCAGUUUCUCUCACACUUACUGCCUAUUUUAUGUCAUUGUUAUUUCUUUUUCUUUCUUUUAUAAUGUUCUUUAUCCUUCCUUGUUUACAUAUUUCUCUUUACUUGCUUUCAUCAAUGUUGCCCUUUUCUUUUUCCAUUUUCCUUUCUAGAUCAUUCCCCUAAUCUCAGUUUUUUGGGGCCUACAAUUUGCCUUCACUACUCUGCAUGCAAUACAGCGUUUUGGAUUCACAUUCCCUUGCUUCCAGGUCAGAGCAGUGAAUUAGUUUUCUAUCACUGCAUAAUAAGUUAUCUCAAGACGUAGCAGCUUAAAGCAACAAACAAUUAUUAUCUCAGACAGUUUCUGAGGGGUAGGAAACUGGGAGUGGUUUAGCUGGGUGGCUCUGGCUUAAGGUCUGUCAGGAGGUUGCAGUAAAGAUUUUUACCUGGGUUGCAGUCAUCUGAAAGCUUGACUGGGUUGGGAGAAUCUGCCUCCAAGAUGGCACACUUUGAUGGUUGUUGGCAGGAGGCCUCAAUUCCUUGAUACAUAGAGCUCCCCAUAGGAUAGUUUGAGUGGUCUCAUAACAUGGCUGAGCAAGCAACCUGAGACAGAGAGAGCAAGAGAGCGAGAGAGCGAGAGAGUGAAAGCGAGAGCGAGAGAGAGAGAGGAGAGAGAGAGACAGACAGACAGAGAGAGAGAGAGACCCCUAGUCUUAGAGGCCACACACCAUCACUUCUGCCUUAUUCUAUUAAUUAGAAAUGCAUUAAGUCCAGCCUACACUCAUGGAGAGGAGCUGUUAUCUUUAUUACGCUUUAUCUCUUAAAAGGAAGACUAUCAAAUAAUUUGUGAAUGUAUUUAAAAUUACCACAAAGAGAAAAGGAACAAUCUUAGUCUUUCCUUUCAAAACAAACCAUAAGAUAUUGGUACAGGUAGUUUAUUUAGGAGAUGAUCUCAGAAAUCACAAAUUAGAAAGAGAAAGUGACACAGGGAAGGGAGGAAAGCCAAAAAAAUUUGUGUUAAGAAUGGGUUAUUGUUGUGGGUAUACAGGUCUCAGUUUGCUAGGAAUGCUCUGAGGAACCAUAUAGAAUGCAUUUCAGAAUUUUCCCACUAAUGGACAGAGAAACCAGAUAUUUAUCUACCAGCAUGAGGAGCCAAACAUUACCAUGUAGCAAUUAUAGCUCUAGGUUCAGUGGAAUCCUUAUUGUGAUCUCCAGGGGAACCAUUCCCUCCCUCACUGGAUAUAGGGAGGAUACAGUGGCUACAUGGACUAAGUCCUGCUGAGUCCCAACUUGCAGGAACAAGAAGUGCAAAUUCCCAAGGGAUCACAUCUCUACCUUGAAUGACGCACCAUAGGUAUACCAUAGUCAGCCAAUCUUAUUUGUAUCCCUUGCUUCUUGGACCCAUGUAUUUAAGCUAUUUGGACAGCACCAUAUAAUGGUCAUUGGUUCAAUGUAUAUAUCACAUCCUGGAGGAAAAUGCUCCAACCUAGCUGCAUGUCAUACUCAAGCUAGAACCUUAGGUUACUCCUUAACAGGCCAACUUAACAUUCUAAUAGUUUCUAGAUUGUAUGGCAUAUGAUAGGACUAGUGUUUUCCAUGGUCAUAUACUCAUUUUAAAAAUUUCUUUACUAUAAAAUUGGUCCCUUGAUCAGAAAGCCCAUAAUAGUAAAUCAUGCAUUUUAUAGUUCCUUAGGUAGUGGUUCUAGUAGGGCCAUCAUGGGCAAGAAAGGCAAAUCCAUGCCUGGACCAAGUAGCAAUCCCUGUUAAGAAUAAAUUACUGCAGUGUCCAAACCAGAAUGGGUCUGAUAUAAUCAUGUUGUCACCAAACAACUGAUUUGUCUUUUCAAAUGAUGGUGCCAUAUAAAGGCCCAGUGUCAUUCAGCAGUGGAAGUAGCUAGUUUUUGUGAGAAAAGACCCGUGAUUUGGGGCCCUUGGUUCCAUCCUUGCCAUAAUGACUCUUCUGUUGAUGAGCUAAUUGCAUAAGCACUAAGGUGGCCAAAAGCAUGUUGGCUGGCCUUCAAUGCCAAAGUCACCUUAUUAUUCUUAUUGUUCAUUGUCUCUUCUGAAGUGGGUGCUCUCUGGUAGGCUCUGGUACAGUGAUAUGUGAAGAUCCACACCUUGUAAGUCAAUCCUUAUGAUACUUCCCAGAUUUCCUUGUCUCUAAUCUGAUUUUGCCCUUUCCAAGUAAGUACCUGACCAAUGAGCCAGACUAUUUGCCACUGCCCAGGAAUCCAUGUGUAUCUCUACUUAAGGCUACUUCUCUCUCAAUAAGAAGUGAAUGACCAAGUAUAGUGCUCAAAACUUUGCCCACUAGGAUUUUCCCUCACCACUGUUCUUUAGGGCUAUACUUAAGUGGGGCUGUAGUGAGGGAUCAAUCCAGUUUUAGCUUGAGCCAACUCAUUCAUGAACAAGGCCCAAGUUGAUAGGGAACAUCUCUGCCAUGAGUGUCAUACCAUAGGUGUACCAUAGUCAGUAUCAUCAGUGUGGGCUGAGAGAGAAGCAUUUGUGCAACUAAAUUAGAUAACAUGGAGAUCAGGGCUACUUGCUGUGUAACUUACUUGUGCUUUUCCAAUCUGCUGGAGAUAAUUCCCAAAUGUCUCAUGUUAUGGGUAUCUGCUGUGCCUGCUAGAUCUGAUUAUUCACAGCAAAUAACCUUCCCCCGUGAAAUCUGUCAAAUAUUGCCCCUUUUUGAGAGGUUACGUCCAUGACCCUUCACUCUCCAAGAAAUUCCAUAUAACAUUUAUCACCAAGUCCUGCUUGAGGAGUAAGAAAGUAAAGUAGCUGGCCUGUGUUCCCUUCUCCUUGUCAAGGGAACCUCUAGGUACAGACUAAUGUUAUUUGUCCUCAUGUAGCAGUCUCUUAGCAGGCUAACCCUGUGUAAGGGUUACUCAAAUAAACCCAGGAGCUAUGGAUAUCUGAGGGAUGGCUUCCUGAAGAAUGUUAUAUAACCUAUACAAUUCCCUGGGGUAUCAAAUUGAGACAUUUUAUGAUUUAAAUGUCCCUGCUCUGUGUAAUGCAAACCCAUAAAACCUUAACUGGAGACCUAAUCUGUUAUUCUAGGCCAGAUAAUGCAUGUUCAGUGUGGCUGAAGCUCCACAGCCCACCCUUGCUGUCCCAGACUUUUCUCUGCUUUGUCUGAGCCUCGAUUCCCUGUGUCAUUGAAAUUAUUUGUAAAGCUUCAAACCGGGUAAAAUAUUUGUGUGACGAUGACAUGACAGUCCAAACUUUUGUUAGCUCAGAUACUAAUAUCACCACACAAAUAUCUUCUGAAUUCAUGUACUUCAUCUGUGCUGUCACAAACAUAGACCAUACCACCAUCAUCUUUUGCUAACUGGUUUCUUUGACUCAGGUCUUGUUUUCCACACCACAGCCAAAGUGAUCUUUCUAAAUAAAAAUGUAUUUAAUUUCCUUCACUUAAAAUACUUCAAUGCUACCUCAUGGCAGCCAGGUUAAAUCCAAACCUUUAAAUAUAGCUACAAUAUCCUUCAUGUUUGAUAUGGUUUGGAUUUCUGUCCCUGCCCAAAUCUCAUGUAAUUGUAAUCCCCAGUGUUGG